UACUUAUCGCAUGCUGGUCAUGCCAUGAACCUCUCUGUUCUCGUCUACUGACGACUUGCUAUAAGGCCGUCCCCACAACCCCCCCGGACCGUGCACAAGCCAGAAUGCGCAGCUCUAUAUCAACGCGACGCCAGGUACAGAGACAAUGCGGAUGGUUCCAACUGGACAGAUUCCGCUGAUUUUGCGACUCAAUUUGAACACGCGAUCUGUUUUGAUUCCUCGUCACCAUGUGUAUCGAGGAAUAUCCCACCAUGCGCACCGCCCGGAUCUCCGCUCCCACCGCUUAACCCAACCCUCCUUCGCGACCCGAAGAACAGCGAAAACAAAGUCAACGGUCAAGUUGAAGGACUUGCCACAGGGCGGGCUGAAACUGGAGCCGAGUAAUAAUGUCGUGGAGGAUGCGCCGCGAUACCCGACGGUGGUGCAGGGGCACCGGAACCACAUGCAGAAAUUCCACAACUGCGUGGUGUUGACGCGAGUAGGGGGAUUCUACGAACUAUACUUUGAGCAGGCGGAGGAGCUGGCCCCGCUGUUGAAUCUGAAACUGGCUUCCAAGAGGACCAGUGCCGGCCCCGUCCCCAUGGCCGGUUUCCCGUUCUUCCAGCUGGAUCGCUUCUUGAAGACCCUCGUGCAGGAUUUGAACAAGUAUGUGGCGAUCAGCGAGGAGUUCGCAAUCAAGGAAGAGGACAAGCUCCGCUCAGGGGGUCUGCUGUUCGACCGCAAGGUGGCACGGAUCAUCACUCCGGGGACACUGAUUGAUGAGAAGUUCAUGGACCCUUCCCAGAAUAACUUUCUGCUGGCUGUGCAUAUCGACAUCCAGGCCCUGAAGGCGCAGUUAGGGAAGCAGCCCGACAACCUAGCCCAUCAAAUCGUAUCUUCGACCGCCCAACCCGUCGGACUCGCAUGGUUAGACCUCUCUACGGGCGAUUUCUUCACGCAGUCGACCUCACCUCAGAUGCUCUCCUCCGCGAUAGCCAGAAUUGGCGCCCGGGAGAUCCUCGUGGACCAGGAGCUCCAAGAUCUGAUCGGACCGGACGUACAAUCGCUGGUCGGAUACGACCAUCGGCUGAUGACCUUCUUCAAGUUUCCCGAGAGAGCGAUGCCGAUCUCUGAAUGGGAGCCAUUACUGGAGGGGUCGGACGCGCCGACCCAGACAUUUACGCCGGAGGAGAUAGCGGCCGGAUAUGGCCUUCUGGAGUACAUCAAAGUCCAGCUGCAGGGGUUAAACAUGAAGCUCCAGCCACCCCGCCGCCGACACCUGCACGAAUCGAUGGCCGUCGACCGGAACAGCCUGAAAGGGCUGGAGAUCCUCGAGACGUCGCGCGAUGGCUUUGGCAAGGGAAGCCUGCUUCACGCCGUGCGCCGCACCUCGACUAAAAGUGGAGCGCGCCUGCUGAGAGACCGUCUGACGUCGCCCUCAACCUCGCUGGAGGUCAUCAAUGAACGCCUUGACCUUGUAUCUACGUUCCUGGCGGAUAGGGAGCUACGAGAACAUUUGAUCCGUCUUCUUAAACAGAGCUACGAUGCUCAGCGUUUGGUUCAGAAAUUCACCCUAGGACGCGGUGACGCGGACGAUCUCAUCUGUCUGUCUCGAGCGAUUGAAGCGGCGAAAAACAUCAAACAGGUGCUAUCGAGUGCCGUCCACGAAACUCGCGACGGCGCGCCAGGUUCCCAGCAUGACAACGCCAGCCACAGUGUCCAUGCCAUGACCAGCCGACUCCAUCUCGAAGGACCGGCCUCCUUGGCGGCCCAGAUCUUCGCAGCGAUUGACGAGGAAGGGCUCCAACAGAUACACCGAGCGGAGGACCAGACUGCCUCGGAAGCCGCCCUCUUGGCCCAAGAAGUUGCGACCAACGAAGGUGACCCGGGAGACAUGGAUGCCCUGCCAAAGACCGUCAGACGGACUCGGGAACGAGCGGGGAUAGCGGCCGCCAACCCAAUGGCGAUCGACACGUGGAUUAUGAGGCGUGACGCCAGUGACGCUCUGCGGGAAUUGCACCAAGCAUUGGACCACCUGCAGGAUGAAAGCGUGGCGUUGACUCAGGAGCUUCAGGAAUCGGUCGGAUCCUCUGCGCUGACGUUGAAAUGGACCCCUGGACUGGGACACAUAUGCCAUGUCAAGGGUGCCAGGAUCUCCCAGGAGGCCCUGGAGGCGUUAGGGGUCACGCGAAGUGUUUCGUCCACUAAGUCUACCCGAUCCUUCUACUUACCCACGUGGACGGAACUGGGCGUCCGGAUAGACCAAGUCAAGGCGCAGAUCCGACAGGAGGAACUGCUGAUAUUCGAGCGCUUGCGCCGCGAGGUGAUUCUCAACCUCGUGAAGAUCCGACGGAACGCCGCCGUGAUUGAUGAGCUGGACGUGGCUUGCUCCUUUGCGACUCUGGCGCAAGAGCAGCGACUAGUCCGUCCGAUCCUCACUGACGGGACGUCGCACCGCAUAGUGGGGGGCCGACACCCGACCGUCACCCUUGGGCUGGAAGAGCAGGGCCGGCGGUUCGUCAGCAAUGACUGUUUCCUGGGGGACACGGAGCGCGUCUGGCUGAUCACCGGGCCCAACAUGGCCGGGAAAAGUACGUUCCUGCGGCAGAACGCGUUGAUCACGAUCCUGGCCCAGGUCGGGUCGUUCGUUCCUGCGUCCUACGCCGAGAUUGGCAUUGUCGAUCAGAUCUUCAGCCGCAUCGGAGCAGCGGACGACCUCUUCCGCGACCAGUCCACCUUCAUGGUGGAGAUGCUGGAGACGGCGGCGAUCCUCCGCAACGCGACACCCCGGUCCUUCGUCAUCAUGGACGAGGUCGGUCGCGGGACGACGCCCGAAGACGGGACGGCCGUGAGCUUCGCGUGCCUGCACCACUUGCACUACCAUAACCGAAGUCGAACGCUGUUUGCGACCCACUUUCACGCCUUGUCAGAUAUGACGCGGGACUUUGAGGCUUUGGGACGGUACUGUACAGACGUGAAGGAGACAGCUUCUGGGUCCUUCUCCUUUGUGCACCGACUUCGGCGGGGGGUCAACCACCAGUCGCAUGCUUUGAAAGUGGCCCAACUUGCCGGGCUCCCCCACGCGACCAUCGCAUUGGCGCAGAAUGUGCGCGACCAGGUGGGCCAGGUGGGCCACCGCAAUCAUCAUCUGUCCACGGCGAAGACCCUCAGGAAAGUGGCCGCCGAGGAUGCGCCUCCAAUUGCAGCGGCAGGGAACAAUGGAUAGCUAGCAGUAGGCGGGUAACCUUAUCCCCGGAACAGUUAGACCCAUAGCCAC